AUGAGCCUGCCGGUGCUGGCGCGGGAGCUGUCCCACUACCUGGACAGCCGCGUGCGGGGCGGGCUGGCCGGCUCCGGCAUGGGCUGGUCGCUGGUGCUGGGCUUCGGCGUGGCGUACGCCGCUUGCUACCUCAGCAGCAUCGCCAAGAAACCUCAGCUAGUGGCUGGCAGUAAGAGUUUCUGCUGCUUUCUCAAGAAAUAUUGUCCUGUUGUAACAGAAACUUACUACCCUACAAUCUGGUGCUGGGAGGGCCGGACACAGACACUUCUGCGCCCCUUCAUCACCUCCAAACCUCAGGUGCAAUAUAGGAACGAGCUUAUUAAAACAACAGAUGGAGGACAAAUUUCACUAGAUUGGUUUGAUAAUAAUGACAGUGUACAUUAUCCGGAUGACAGUACAAGACCCACAAUCUUGGUAUUGCCUGGCCUUACAGGAACAAGUAAAGAAUCCUACGUUCUUCAUAUGAUCCAACAGAGUGAAAAAUUGGGAUAUAGAUGUGUGGUUUUUAACAAUCGAGGAACUGCUGGAGAGGAUCUCUUGACACCAAGGACUUAUUGUGCUGCUAACACAGAGGAUUUGGAAGCUGUGAUUCAUCAUGUACACAACUUGCAUGCUUCAGCUCCACUUCUGGCAGCAGGUGUUUCUAUGGGAGGCAUGCUUCUUUUAAAUUACCUGGGCAAAACUGGUAGAGAAACUCCUUUGAUGGCAGCCACAGUUUUCUCUCCAGGUUGGAAUAUUUUUGCAUCUGUAGAAUCACUUGAGAAACGACUGAACUGGUUUCUUUUUAACUACUACUUGACUACUUGUCUACAGUCCUCCGUUAGUAGACAUCGAAAAAUGUUGGAAAAAUUAUUUGAUUUGGACCUGGUCAUGAAGGCUAAAACCAUUAGGGAGUUUGAUAAGCAAUUUACCUCAGUCAUGUUUGGCUACCCUACAAUUGAGGAUUACUACGAAGAUGCAAGCCCAUAUCACAAGUUGAAGUCAGUAGGAAUUCCACUGCUGUGUCUGAACUCUGUGGAUGAUGUUUUCUCACCAGGCCAUGCUGUUCCGGUGGAAAUGGCCAAACAAAAUCCAAAUGUUGCUAUUGUUCUUACCUCCUGUGGAGGCCAUAUUGGUUUUCUGGAAGGAAUGUGGCCAAGGAAUUGCACUUAUAUGGACAGAGUCUUCAAGCAGUUUGUGCGAGCUAUUUUUGAGCAUGGGAAACAAAUCAUUAGCAUGUAGCUUUGGACCACUAUUUUAGCACAUUCUGAAAAGGGCAGCUCAGACUAAUGCACAAGUUUUAACUACUGUAAGCCAGCAAAAUGGAUGAAGUCCAUUACUUUCCGCAAAAAAUACAUUUGCCUAAAAUUUUGUAGCAAGAAUUUUACAUGUUAUGUUGUCACUUUUGUAUUUAUAAUAUGCCUUACUAAGAAUGACCUUAAAUAAAACAGCACUCUGCGUACAUCCAACUGCACUUAACCAAAAUCAUUAAGUAAUAGAUAAUAAUUCCUCAGGGUUUUUAUUUAAGCCAGUGCAUUUUAGGAGACUUGAUUUAUAAUAUAAAAACUGUAACUUCUAAAAUUAAAUCAUUUUUGUUGUUUAUUACAAAUUGGUGAGAAUAAUGAAAUAUAAGAAGAAGAGGAGGAAUGCAAAAACAGCACUGUUUCUUCAAGUAAUCUUUACAUUUAAGAAUGGAUUACAACCGAAUUAGACUGAUACUGUAUCUAUUGUUUACCCUGAGAGAAUUACAGAUUUAGGACUAGUUAUAAUGGUAAUGCUGUAUGUCUCGCACAAUUAUUUCUAUUGUUAACUAAUUUAUAGUAUUUCUAUAUUACGAAAAGGUUCUGUUGAAGCAAUGCAUAAUAAACUGUCAUUUAAAAAAAUUGUUUU